AUGUCUCGACAGCGUGCGAGCAAGCCGAAAGUCCGUUCUGGCUGCCUUACAUGCAAGGCUCGUCACGUUAAAUGUGACGAGGAGAAGCCCGUCUGCGCCCGAUGCCUCCUCGGCGGGCGGACCUGCGCUUAUGGCACGCCUAAAUCAUCCUCUGCCGUCAUUGUACCGCUACCGAGAACCCUGGCCCCAUCACCGGAGGUCGAUUCCACUACUGCGAAAGCUUUGGAACUCUUUUUUCUCCGCACCGCUCCACAACUUGCCGGCAGCUUUCAACAAACGUUCUUUCAGGGCAGUGUUCUGCAUCUCAGUCUUGCCGAGCCUACCAUUCGCCAAGCAAUUGCAGCCCUCGGCAGUCUCCAUGAACAAGCCGCAGCGGAUAAGCUCCAGCCUUUACGCGGAAAUGCAUUAACACCGGGGCUACCGACCAAGUUAUAUAAUAAAGCUAUUCGCUACCUGAUAGAAAAGCUCACGACAGAUCCUGAUAACAUCCAACUAGUUGCUAUCGUGAAUAUUCUUUUCAUAUGCUUUGAAUACUUCCAGGGAAACCUCGAGGCUGCUGCAUCGCAUAUAAGAAGUGGGAUCAACCUUUUGAAUUCCUGGCGCCAAACUAGUCGCAAGCAACUAAACCGGCCCUGGGGCAAACAAUACGAUUCACACGAGGCUAACUUCAUGGAAACGGAAAUCGGGCCACUCCUUUCACUCUUUAACAUCAAUUCUUUCCAAUGGAACGUAGACACGGGUACCACCUUUUUACUAAAUCCAGUCGACGCCGAAGGAAAGGUCAUUUUACCCGAAAGUUUUGAGUCGAUUGAAGAAGCCAGGGCCGCCCUUCUUGACUUGAUUGCUUCCGCAAGCUUGCAAUUCCAGCAAUAUGACUCACUCUCAAAGCAAAAAGGACGCUCUGACGCGCAAUUAUCCACCAUCCAAGAGCUUGUGACAUAUGAUCGCGCGCAAUGGAACUCCAGAUUCGACGACUUAGUUCGCUUCAAAGAGCGGACGUGGACUGAAAGUGAACAUCGAGCAGCCGACGCCGUCAAAAUUAUGUCGUUCGGCUUCGACUGCCAGAUUGGCAGCUAUCAACAAGAGUGUUUCCCCAUGGACUGGGCCACCAACCGCUCAGCAUACGACUCGGCUGUUACGACGCGACUAUCCAAUUUAUCCUCCGACGCUACGCGAUCCACCGACGAUUUGUCCAAAGCCUUCAGUUUGGAUUUCGGAAUGGCCUUCCCCUUGCAUUCUGUUGCUUGGAGGUCGAGUUGGUCACAUAUUGAGCGACACGGGCUCAAUCUGCGAAGUCGCAUUGCCCAACCCGAGUUGCUAAAAACCACGAAACCUUACAACUCGAUCUCUUUUCGAAUGAAAGAGAUUGAACAAUUAUAUCUGGACUCAACUCCACAGGCAGCUCUCGAGCAGGGUCACCCACCCCCGAGGCAGCUUCGCAUUCAUGAUUUCAGUUUGGAUGGUGCUUCUCGGGCGGACCAUGGACAAUCCCCUUCGUUUACUGUGACCUUCUGGAGCAAGCUAGACGGGCCGCAGGGACCUUGGUACUGUUUAACGGAGGAUAUGCAGCUAGGGCCUGCAAUGUUCACAGAAGAUCUUUCAGCGUCAUGA